AUGUUUGAUGAGGAGUCUGACACUCUGAAGAAGACACUUCUCGAAUACCUUGGGCUGGUUAUUCUUGACGAAGGACACACUUCUCGCACGACCGAAGCACCAUUCUUCAGCAGAGUCUUCCUGGUUUGGGAGAUUGUUGUGAUCCUUCUGAGACCCCCAACGUUGCAGAAGAUUCUAAUUGACAGGAUAGAAGGCUCACUGAGCACUUCUGAAUUUGAACACAAGGUAGUAUUGACCUCUGUGUACCCGUACCUUUUCAUACGCUCCCAUUCAACAGAAACAGAACAGUUUGAAAUUGACCAGGAUGCUUUGGAAGCCUCUGGCCUUCACCCUAAUAAAGGUGUCAAAACAAGAUUUGUCAUGGAGCUUGUCCGCCUCGAAACCGGGGAAUUCUCAUCAAGUGUCUCAAAGCAGACAAGAUCUAAAAGGAAGAUCUACUUUGGGGUUGCACAGGGGAAUUCAUAUAGCUCCGGGGACGUGGAGGAAAUUAACACAAACCAUGGUUUGGGUAGAAGCUUUGCUCCAAUUGAUUGCCGAAAGGGGAAGAAGACUGUUAGGCAGUCACAAGGUAAUUCUUCCAGCUGUUUGAUGCUGAUGAGAAAAGCUAUGGGGAAGAUUCAAUUGAAGAGGGAAUUUCUUAAAAAGCAUCCAGACUCUGAUUUAGUUGACAGAACUAUUUUGGAUUCAUCAGAUGAAUUGCUUUCUCCUAAUGAUAGUGGAUAUGAUAGUGUGGAUGAAGAAGAUUUUGUAAUGGACAACUCUGAUUCUUCUGAUACUCUGGAUUCUUCAUGUUGUUAG